AGCCAAGGUGAAGAACUGUCACGGCACACGGUCAUCCAUCGGUCGGUCGCCGCGAGAAGAAAAAGUUGCCGUCGCUCGUUCGCUUCUGUUUUUCGGUGCGUGUGUGUUCAAUUUCGGCGAUAAUUUGAGCUUCAUCCGGCGGAAUCGGCUCCAACCAAAAACAAAUACGACCAUGGAGGAACGCACCGGCUCGGAACGGGUGUACGGCGGCUGCGAGGGCCCGGACGCGAUGUACGUGAAGCUGAUCUCGUCCGACGGGCACGAGUUCAUCGUGAAGCGCGAGCGCCUCACCUCGGGCACGAUCAAGGCCAUGCUGUCCGGGCCGGGCCAGUUUGCGGAGAACGAAGCGAACGAGGUCAACUUUAGGAAAUUCCGUAAGUUGCGCGCGACGCUCUGGAAGGCAAUUAUGUAAUUUAGGGGGCACCUU